AUAACAGGCAGUGAGAUGCGGCUGUGGCUGCAGGGCUUAGGAAGGAUUCCCUGGCCCGCUGGAGGCCACAGGACAAGAGCGGCGACAGACCGCGCACACCUGGCCCCAGACCCCCGUCCCGGCCAGCCUCUCCCAUCUGCACGGCCUGAAAACCUCCGCUGGUCCACCUUUCGCCCAUCCGGCCACAGUUUGAGAGCAAGGUCGCCGCCGGCUUUUACUUACAGAAAUCGCACUGGCCCGGAGGCCCGGGGUGUCGGGAAGGGCCAAGGGGACGUCCCCUUUGCAGAGAGCCCGGGUAGCGGGGUUGCGGACUGCGUCCUCUCACUGCGUGAAGUGUCGGGCUCAGCCGGAAACAACUUCUGGACUCAGCCAGGCACAGCAACCUGUGAAGCGAGCAGGGCUGGCACCUCCAUUCAUUUUACAGCCUCCGGGUUCACAAAUACAGACAAUUUGACAACUACUGCUACUGUACAGUUAACUACCCCGGGAACGACUUCAGUUAUUCCUACAAAUUUAUCCAGUGAGGAAACCGCAACACCAAGUACCUUUGGAAGUACCAGCCCAUACUCUGUCUCUCUGGGCAGCAAUGGGACCACAGCAACCAUCUCAGAGACUACAGUCAAUUUCACAUCUACCUCUGAGGUCCCUCUAGUCGCUGGAACCACUAACUCCUCUGGCCAGUCUCAGACCUCCCUAGCCAUCACAGUGCCCACCACCCUAGCCAACUUUUCGACUUCAGAGAUGACCGUGAAGCCCAGCGUAUCACCUGGAAAUGUUUCGGAUCCCUCACUCAACCACACCAGCCUUGAGACACCGACCACUGAAACUUACGUAUCACCUACUCCUACCCCACGUACCAUCAAGGGAGAAAUCAAAUGUUCAGGCGUCAAAGAAGUGAGAUUGACUCAGGGCAUCUGCCUGGAGCUAAAUGAGACCUCCAGCUGUGAGGACUUUAAGAAGGACAAAGGAGAAGGCCUGGCCCAAGUACUGUGUAGGGAGGAGCAGGCUGACGCCGAGGCUGGGGCCCGUGUGUGCUCCUUGCUCCUUGCCCAGUCUGAGGUUAAGCCUCAGUGCCUGCUGCUGGUAUUGGCCAACAGGACAGAAAUUUCCAGCAAACUCCAGCUUCUGAAAAAGCACGAGUCUGACCUGGAAAAGCUGGGGAUCAAAAGUGUCACUAAGCAAGAUGUUGCGAGCCACCAGAGCUAUUCCCGGAAGACCCUGAUUGCACUGGUCACCUCGGGGGUCCUGCUGGCUGUCCUGGGCAUCACUGGCUAUUACCUGAUGAAUCGCCGCAGCUGGAGCCCCGCAGGAGAGAGGCUGGGCGAAGACCCUUAUUACACGGAGAACGGUGGAGGCCAGGGCUAUAGCUCAGGACCUGGGGCCUCCCCUGAGGCUCAGGGAAAGGCCAGUGUGACCCGAGGGGCUCAGGAGAACGGCACCGGCCAGGCCACCUCCAGAAACGGCCAUUCGGCAAGACAACAUGUGGUGGCUGAUACUGAAUUGUGACUCGGCUGGGUAGGGCGGGGCUGGGCAGUGUGCGGGGCCCCUCCCUGCAUCUGACCACAAGCUGCCUCCUCUGUGGGUGACCCAGGUCCUUGUUUGUUGUUGUUGUUGUUGUUGUUGUUUGUUUCCAGAGGUGUGGGUGGGUUCCUGGUUUCAAUGACAGUUGGAAAUAGAACUUUCCAGAGACAAAAGGAUGGGGUGGAUUUUUUUUUUCUCAAUAAAAAGUGGUGUGGGUAAAUACUGUAAUUAAAGUGAUACUGAAACACCA